CGACAAUUCUGGACGGAUCUGCCAUGAUGCCCUCAAACACCCGCCAAAGGGUGCGUGGAAACCAUCUCUCAACAUCUCCACCGUCCUGGCUUCCAUCCAGCUCUUGAUGGCUGAACCCAAUCCCGAAGAUCCACUCAUGGCUGAUAUACACUCUGAGGUGAGGCAGCUGCUCGCACAGAUCCAGAGGGAGCGCUGAGAGUCCGGCCCGCGUCAGCGUCCUGCAGAGGGAAAGAGAGUCAUUUGGUCGCUGUCCAAGUGCAAGCGAGCGACGGGGAACCCCACCAUCUCACCCCCCCUUCAGUCCCUCCUGUGCAGCCAGCGUCAGAGGGGAAAUUCCUCCCCGCCUCACUCCCAGGCUGGUCGGCCCGAGCUGGAAUCUACGGUGGCAGGUGAGAAGUCAGGCGGCACCAGGUGACACACUUGUUUCUGACUUCCCCACCGCUGCUGCCGCCUGAAGACGACGUCACGACUCUUUUCUGAAGUGAAGUGAUCUCACAGAAUGUGUGGCUGCUGACGUCAGACCUGCAUUACAUGGGUGUGGCUCGGGGCCAUAUGCAGCCUUCCCACGACCAGACGGAGGUUUACGGGGGCUUUGUACAAAGGUUAUUUAUUUGUAUGGAAAUUAAUUUAAGACAUCCCUCAGUUUGAAUGUGUUAUAUUUUUUUAAAAAUGAGGUUCAUAUUUAAAAUUCUUUUUUAAAUUCAUUUAUUACUUCAGUUUCCUUGUUGACUUUCGAUGCAACAUUAUAAGACCUUUUGACUUCUCAUAUUUGCGCAUCAUUUUGUGUUUUUUUUUUCAUUUUUUAAUUGUAAAUAUGACUUAUCUCAUGACUUCUCAUGGUCGCAUUCUCACUUUUUCUACAAAGUUUUAUCUCAAUACGUAUUUCUUUUUAAACUGAAAUUUGUGUUGUAUCAUUUUACACUGGUAUCAAAAACGUUCCUUCCUCAACCAUCGAGUAUAGAUGUCGCCCACCUCCGUUCUGUACAGACUCCAAUAAUAGAAUUGUUAUGAUGACGCUGAAGCCCCGCCCAGUCCACCUGUGCCUCUGACCGAAGGGGCAUGGCCGUCAGGAGCAUAAGAGGUGUCGCUCAGGUGCAGCACCACACACACACACCAGAGGUCCUGCUGUCGGAGGGUUGAAGGAAGAGGUCACGACCUUCUGCUGGGACUGUCAUUCCUCUCCGUCUGGAUUGACUCAGUGAGUCAGCGCCCACUGUCCGGUCACCAGGCUUUCUCAGGUCAGACUUGCUCCUGGAGCGAUGCAGAUGAUGUCUUUCGUGACUGAGUUCCGGCUGUCUGGAGUGCGGGGGUCCUGGAGUGGCCCCGACCCAUCCUCCUGCACUGAGGUGGACCUGGAGGUCCUGGAGGAGUAUCUGCAGGAGCACUCUCUGGAGGUCCAGCCGGCGCUCUGCACCCAGAGCCCAGUGGCUCCGACGCACCCCGUCCACCAGGGGGAGCGAGUCACCGAGAACAGCUGGUUGGAGUGGCCCGGCUAUGUGACCCCGAUCAAGGACUAUAGAGAACAAGCUCCACCCCCUGCGUGGCUCAGUCACCAUGACAACAGUCGGAAUCACGUUCCCUACGACGCCAGCCUCUACGUCGACUCCGACUCCCUGUCCAGCAGCUCCCAGUACCAGGAGUACCCCGGGUACCGGGACCCGCCAUCUCCGUCCUCCGACAAGGACGGCUCGGCGAGCUCACCGCCGCUCGCAGGAAAGAGGAAGGAGCGCUUGUUCCAGUUCCUGUACGAGAUGCUGCAGACGCCGUCCAUGCAAAGCUGCAUCUGGUGGGUCCAGUCGUCCUCCGGAACCUUCCAGUUCUCCUCCCAAAACAAGGAGCGUCUGGCUCAGAUGUGGGGCCGUCGAAAGGGCAACCGCAAAACCAUGACCUAUCAGAAGAUGGCGCGAGCGCUGCGGAACUACUCCCGCACCGGGGAGAUCAAGAAGGUCAAGAGGAAGCUCACCUAUCGCUUCGAGGAGAAGACACUGCGAGGAUUACAAGGAGACUCGAGCACAUUGUGAGAAGGCUUCUGUGGCUUGACACGUCGAAUACUGCGUAUUUCCAAAAGCCACAGGUUGAAUCGGCGUUGGUGUGUCUGAAUGGGCCUCUGGGUAAAUCUAAUAGGUUUUCAUGUCAACUCUGCUUUAUAAGUAGAAAUGUCUUUCAAUGUUUCAUCAUGUUCCUCUUCACACUGUUUGAGUUUGACUAACUUCCUUGUCACUCUGCAUUUUAAAU